CUUGCAGACGGGUUAUCGCUGCAGGGCAAUAACACGCCCAAUUCGCGGUGCAUCGUGCAGGCAAACGGCCCGGGCCCCUUUGAGCGUCGCCGCUUGCUCCGACGCGCCACACUGUCGAAGUGUUCUGGGGCGUGCCUGGAUCCUGGCUCGACCGGCGGAUCUCCUCCACGCAUCACUUCACGCGCCUGGCCCUCAACCACCUCCGCCCGACACCCACCGCACGCGACUAGCAUGGCGGACCGCACCACGUCGCCCUUGUCGACCGCCUCCCUGCAUUUUCUCGUCACUGCGCCCGCGGGGAAGGAGCUCGACUCGCGCACCUCGACCGCGUCGCCGCCGACCUCCACGCCGCCGACCAGCCUCGGCGAUGAGGCCAGCAUCCUGUCCGAGACAAGCAAGAUGGAAAUCAUAGAGACGCGUGAGGAGGUUUCUACCCCACGUGCAGCCCCGCCGUCGCCCACUGCGCCGCAGUCAGCGCCCGAGGCGUCUUCCGACAGUGCGCCGCGACGGGCGAUGCGGAACACGCGCAAGUCUGUCGUCACGUACAACGUGCAGAUCCUGGCAGGCACUGCGAUCCACACGCCGACAAAAUAUCUAGAGAAGCACCACGAGAAUGUGGUCCACGGCGACAUCCAAGAAGUGAUCAAGACCAACCCCACGCCUCCAAAGAAGCGUGUCGGCAAGCGCAGGACUAAAUCUGUAUCUGCCGACCUCGACGACCCCGCCGACCAGCAGCUCGCCUCAGAGGCUGCACAGGCGGCGCGGCGGCGGACCUCGACUCGCCUGGGCAACGACCUGCGACGCGCAGCCUUGGAGAACCUGAGCGGCGCCGGCUCGGCAGUUGCGAAUACACUUUCAGCCGGAAAGGACUUUGUGCAGAAGACGCUCAAGCGCAGUGCCUCGGACUCACGGUUACGUUCAUCAUUCCGCUCCGCCGCGCAAUCGUCCAAGUUCAAGGAAGACACCACCGACGAGGAGGAGGAGGAGGAGGAAGAAGAAGAAGAAGAGGAGAAAGAGCCGGAAUACUUCAAGCCCAAGACCAAGCAGUGGCUCAAGCAAGGCCUAUAUGUCGGCCAGGAACGCGGAUUUGAUGCUCGCUUUACCGAGAAGCGGAACAGGGCGCGUAGAGAGGCGCGCCAGGCCAAGGAGAGCAAGAUCCUGCCACUUCCUCUAUUUGCCACCCAGAUACAGCUAGAGAGCAAUCCACGCGUUGUCUACCAGCCCUUCAAGCUGCCGUACGACGUUUACAAUCCUCUUCCGCGGAAAGUCAAGGUCGACGGCUGGGUCAAGCUCAAUAAGAAUCGCUUCAUUGGCGAUGCAUCUGCGUUGUGGAAGCGGGAAAAGCACGGUGACGCGUCGCAGUGCUUCUGCGACCCUGAAGACGGCUGCGGGGAGACCUGCCACAACCGCAUCAUGGCAUAUGAGUGCGACGAGACUAACUGCCCGCUCACGCCGGAGCAGUGCAACAACCGUCCUUUUGCACAGCUGAAAAAGCGCGCAAAGGGCAAUGGCUACGAUUACGGUGUCGAAGUCAUGGAGACCGAAGGCAAGGGCUAUGGUGUUCGGGCCAUGCGGUGUUUCGAGCCCCACCAAAUCAUCGUCGAGUACGCCGGCGAGAUCAUCACCCAGGACGAGUGCGAGCGACGCAUGAAGCAGAUCUAUAAGAAAGAUAAGUGUUACUAUCUUAUGAGCUUCGACAACAAAAUGAUCAUUGAUGCGACUCGCGGAACUAUUGCGCGCUUCGUGAACCAUUCUUGCGAACCAAACUGCGAGAUGAUCAAGUGGACUGUGGGCGGGGAACCGCGCAUGGCACUGUUCGCGGGCUCCCGCGGGAUCAUGACUGGCGAGGAAUUGACCUACGAUUACAACUUUGAUCCCUUCUCCUUAAAAAACAUCCAAGAGUGCCGUUGCGGUACCAAAUCGUGUCGUGGUGUUCUGGGGCCGAAACCCAAGAAACCCGCCAAUCACGAGGAGCGGACCCUCCCUUCAGCUCUCCUCGCUGGUGUCGCUGGAGCCAAGCGCAAACUGCAAGACAUGUUUGUAGGCGGCCGAGGAUCCGUGAGCGCGCCGAACUCCCCGAAGAAGCGCAUGGUGGUCACUUCCGCCAUGACCAAGGCGCGGAAUGCGUUGGCCCAGAGCGAAGCAGAGCGCGAGCGAGCCACGCGGGAGGCGGAAGCCCACGCCGCGAUGAUUGCCUCGCGUGAGAACCGAGCGAUGCAGCGACAUAGGGCUCUGGCCACCUCUAAGCGAGGGCGCCUGCUGCACAAGGCGUCCACGGCGGCUAAACCCACCGUCCGCACGUCGAAGAAGACCGUCAUCAACCUGAAGCGGAAGGUGACUGUAUCCAAGACAGCGCCGAAGCCAGGGGCCCUCAAGCCUGUCAAGAACCUCCCAGGCAAAGCGGCAAAGGGCUCGCGUCUACAGAAGCCCAGCAAGGCGGCUCUGCUCAUGUCGCGACGUCGUAGUGCAACGCCAGAGUCCUCGUCGGACGAGGACUCUCCAAACAUCACGCCCGCGUCCCUCCGCAGUGCGAACAAGAAAGCAACGCCCGGCCGCAAACCCAUCAAACCCCUCAAGCUCAGCAAGGCCCCUGGCAAACUCGGCCAGCGCACGCUCGAAGUCCCGGACUCGGCUUCAGACUCGGAAAUGGAUUCUGACAGCGAAGAAGAGGAAGUCCCCGACUCCGACGUCGACGCCGAGUACGGCAAGGCCGUCGCAAAGGCAAAGUUCGCCGGCAAGAAGAAGGGGUCCGCGCCGGCGCCGCGCGGCAUGCACAAGACGGGUGCUGGCGUCUCCAAGAUCCCCCGCGGCCGCGUGCGCAACGAGCGCGGGCGGUACGAGAAGAAGAAGGCCAAGGCUUGAGCGAGGGUCGAGACCUGACAAGCCAUCUAUCCAUAUUAACGAGGGGAUGUUCAACAACUACCAGGAAGCCCUCCCUGCGGCCGACAAAGUGCUACGCUUCCUGUUUGCAGAGGGCUCUGCGCAGGGGCGCUUCCACGUCCUGGCGAGAUUUUCGACACUGCGGUGUGGUAUGGUAUCAGUAUUUGUAUAAUGGGACACGGGCGGUGCAAUGGGCUCAGAUGAGAUGGAGCACAGCGUCUGGUGUCCUGCAUGUUUGUUUCAAACUUUUGUGGUAUUUCGAACCGGUAUGCUAUCAUUCAGGGUGUGAGGUGUCUUGCAAGGCUUCAAGGCUUAUGCGUAGAUGCUUGGAAUUAGGAGAGGCGUGUAACGAUAGGCGAGGCUGGCUGGGUUAGUUAGGGUGGGUAGCGUAUGUUUUCUUCAGAGUCCAAGC